GGUCUUGUAUUUUUCAAUAAAGAGAGUCAAGACCGGCUGUGGGGUUCCCCUUUUUUGACUGCGGUUAUUGAAAAGGAUGCUACUGUUUCUCAAGCCAGGCCUUGGCACCAAAGAAGCCUGUAUGCACAAUAUCCUGAAGGAUUAUUCUGUCCAGCAUCUCUCGGACGCCUCCAUAAUGGUCGAAUCCAUCCUGAUCCAGGUCACGGUGCAGUCGGAAGAUCCUGCAACCAAACUCCUGGUGGUGUCGUGGACUUACCAGGAUGAAGAGAUGGGCAGCUACGUGACUUCUCUGCUCAAGAAGGCCUUGCCCCAAGUCACGGCGAGAGACUUCUUGGGAAAAAGUGACAUCAAGGAACCAUGUAAAUAUAUUUAAGUGGCGGAGAGGGGUGUGAGUGCUUUAAAAUAAAUGUCGUGUAGUUUCAA